UUACUCUUUAAAAUUAACCUGAACUCAAAAUACAAGUUAAAAAUCACAAUGUGCAAAUAUUUUACAGAAAUUCUAACCGAUAUGAUCAAAUAGAUGGCCAAAAAUGUCGAACCUGUUUAGUUGUUUUUGGCCAACCAAGAAAGAAGGGGAUUACUAUGGUCAAGAAAAUGACAGACGAAGAAGACUCUCUUCUAGAGAAAAUCGUGAACCUGUGUAUGUCUAUAGAACAGAAACUGACGCCAAUAAUCAAACUUCUCAGUUUAAUAGUCGUUAUGUAGAUACACAAAGACAGUCUAGAUCUUAUCCUGUGUCCCCUGAAAGACGGCCUAUUACCAGAGCUAACUCAUUUGAACAAAGACCUUCUUUUGAAAGAUCAAGGUUAAUCAGUAAAAAAGAUUCAAGAGAUUCUAGAAAUGUCAUGGUUUAUGCGACCGAUGUAAAUCAAGCUACACGAUUUCCCAAAAACACAGAAAAUUCUUACGACAGUUUCACAUAUGACCUCUCACCUAAUAAUGUUCCCAGAAGAUCAACUCUUAGCUAUGGUGUUGAUCAUGAAAAAGAAACAACGAUUCCUACAGAAACUCAGAAAUGUGAAGCUGAGAAACCAGGACAAGAUUUCGGUAAGCCUGGCACAUCCAGGGAUGUUCCUAAAUCACCAGGAUUUUCAUCAGGAAACAAUCAGAAUGUUUCAGAUGGUGAAAGGCAAAGUGUGUUGAGAAGAUCGAUGACAAAUACUGAAAAUUGUUCUCCUCGAAGUUCUAUGAUGGAACAUGAAAAAAUGUCAUAUUUAGAUGCAGACAACAUCUCAGAACCUCAAGUCAAAACUCUAGUUAGAGUGGUACGACCAAAUAAUACAAGGAAAUUCGGGUUAGGAAGUAACGUAAAGCCGAUGAUUUACCGAGUGGAAGACAACCAACGUUCUCCUCUAUCUGCUCGAAGACACAUACAGCAAAUGCCUUUAAAAGUAAAGAAGCAACAUUAUAUUUUGACAACUGAGGAUGGAAAGAUAUUGAGACCACUCGCAUCAGACAAUAUAAGAAAAAUGUCUGUAAAUAAGGGACAGCCAAUAAGGUUUUCAGUUGUACGGCCAGUGGAACCGGUUGGUAAUUUUCCAUUGACACAAGGAGGGGAAGCUAUUGUAGCAGCUCCGAUGAUCGGUGGAGGAGGAAGGAGAGGGGGGAAGCCUCAAAAGAACAAACCAAUAUUACGUAAAGGUAAAGGAGGAUAUAGAGGUCCACCUCCAGAUGAUUAUGAUGACUACGGGUAUGAAGGUAAUUACUACGAUGAAGGAGCAGACAUGUAUCCUUUUGCCCCUGUGGAUAAUCCUUACUCCUACGAUUCUAAAGGAUAUUACGAUGAUGGCUACGGAUACCAAGGCGAAGACAUGGGAAGGUACGGGAUGGGUCCAGGAAUGGCAAGAGGUGGAAGACAAAGUCGGCAACAAGUUUAUGCAGCCCAAAUGCCAGACAAUACCCUCCCUGAGGUAUCAAUUGACAAAGGGAAAAAUCCAUCUUUCAAAAAAACAAGUAAAGCAUUAGACUCAGUUGUUGAUAAAGACUAUUAUGAUUUGAAAAAUGAGUCACAAAAUUAUCAGUUGGGUUUAAAUUGUUUGGAAAGAAAAAGAGAAAAAGGAACAGAGAUGUCCCAUAUUGGCGUGAAGACAGUAUUGUUAUUUAUCAACUUGAAGAACGUCCCUAUAUUAGAAACCAAGAGGUAGAUCAUUCACAAAGAGUAAAUACUAGUAAUAAAAGUCCUCGUUUGGAAUAUUACCAAAGAAUCAGAUGUCAUCAAGGGCCUAGACUGUUACUUUCAUCUAGAGAUAAAUUGUUAGAACAACGACAUUUAGAAGGAGUAAACUCUGACAUAGGAAAUGUAAGGACUGAAUCAAAAAGGAUAUCCAUAACCAGCCCAGAGGAAAAAAUCGGAAAAAGAAUAUCUUCAAAAAGAUCUACUCUACAGAAUGAACUAGCUUCCAACCAAAAAAGAAACUCAAAAAAUGAACCUUUAGAAGAAUUUAUAACAGAAGUUCACCCAAGAAAACUGUCAGUGUUUAGAGAACAAAGUGGAAAGAUUCCUCCAGAAAGAAUGUCAGUUUUUGACCCUCUGAUCCAAGCUGACAGAGCCCUUGAGGGAAGAAGAAGAAUAUCUAGAAUAACGGAACCUGGAGAGGAUCAUUCAUCAGAAUUUCAGGAACUUCCUGAAUCAAACAAAUUGUCUUUGGUUUAUUCUAUCAAAGACAAACCAACAAGAACAUCUAUUCUACACAAACCUCAAAGGGCCUCAGUUGUUCUACCAAUUGAGGAAAGUUAUAACUCUCAACUUAGACUCUCUAUUGUUAAAACACCAGAUGAAACUGAGAACUUUCCACUCACAACGACACAUGAACCAGUUGUAUAUGCAGUCAGGAGAAGUAUUAGUAAAGCCCCUAGACAAUCGUUCUCUUUAAAAAAAAUGUUUUCUAGAAAAAGAAAAACUGAAGAGUCUCACAGUAGUGAUGAAGAAGAAAAUCAAAGGGAGCAAACAAUCUAUGCUUACCCUGUAACUCCUACUAGAGGACGAACCGGAUCGAUUCUUCAACAGUCUGUUAAAUCAUUAACUUCACAGAAAGGAGAAACUCCAGUUGCAUGGAAGAGUAUGAGACGCUCCAUGGACACUGACGUGUUUUCAUCCGACGUCAAAAGAAAAAGUGUGACUUUAAACUCACCAGGUUAUGUGAACAUGGAGAGAGGUCAUGGAAUAUUAGUGUCUGAGAUACUUAACCCGAUAACUUCUAUUUUUGUGUCUGACUUAAAAGAUCCAAUACCUAAAGAUCCACUGUCAAAACCUCGUGAAUUCAACAAUUGGGUAAGACCUCGGCAAAACAGUGUGCGACAAGUGGUUACGCCAAAACAAAAAAAAUCUCAAGUCAAAAUUGCUGUUGCACCAAUUAGGACGCAAAUGCAGAAAACAAAGAAACAAUAUUCUGAGUAUAAGAAUAAUGAUGAGUCGUCAUACAGUGAUUCUAGUGAUGAAAGUGCAGAUUCAUAUCAACCUAGAUCAAAGUAUUCCCAACAGAAAAAGCCUGUUCAUCGUGUUUAUGCUGCUUCAAUGCCAGCUAAAGUCUUACCUUACCACAAAAAAGAGGAGGAAAAAGAAGUUGGUGUGAACAAUUUAGGAAACACUCCAAGCAAACAUUUGCUAAAUAGGUGUGAAGGAGGUGAAACAAUUAAACUAACACAACCAGCAUAUGUUGGAAGGCUCUCUUUCGAGGAACAAACACAUAUCCUUAACACAUUAGACUUCCUUUGUCAUCCCCCAGUGGAUAAUCUAAAAGAUAAAUCCUAAACUAAACUCCAGGGUUCUCAUUGUAAAUUGAGAAAGGGGAAGUAAAAUUAAUAGAUCAAGUUUCAUUUCAUGCAUCUUUUAGAAUUAUUUGUUGGAAUUAAAGAAAAUCAACAAUGAUGUCUCAGAUAUUAUCUAAUUUUGUUAAAGUAGUAAUACAUGUGUUAAGACGGGAUUCAAUUUAGUAAAUAUUUUAAAACGCUAGCUUAAAAACACAUUAUUUAAAUAA